AUGCCAAUCUACAUCCCUCUGGCUCCUCCUAGACUCCAGACCGAGUUCAACCACAACUGCGCCUACGGCUACGACACAAUGCAGUGGCAGAGACACGGACAACCACCACGGGUCGCUGGUUACGACACCGAUGACGAGGAAGAAGUUGUUUACGAUCUCGAUGAACACGCCAUGGCCUGCCUACCACAUCAUCUGCAGCAGAUAAUGCGAGAGCUUCACAUGGAGCGCCUGGCACGUCUGCAACGCGAGAACCCUUACUUCAAAUUCCGCAGCCCAGUCGCUUAUAAUCGCAACAGGCAUGCUUCUGCAUGGCUCGACAGCGUAAUGUCGCAACUCAUGGAGAGCCGGUCAACGCACAAAGCAGGACAUCAAUUUGGAGAGACACCAGACGUACGCGUUCAACAGAUGGGCUGCGGUGAAAACCAAAAGCAAGCUACGGCAGAAGCUCAACAUACACUCGGCGAUACAGUCAACCAGGCACAAUUCGCGUCCAGGACCCCGGAGUCUGACCUCACCUAUCAUCAUGAGGAGAUGAUUGCAGAUGCAGGUGUCGAAAAGGAGCCCAACUCAUUUCCGAUCCAGGAGUACUUCACGGAGCCGGAUGAUAAGAGUCGGACUCACAUUAGACAUGCAACUUGGUAUGGAGAUCAACCCUUGGAAGAAAGGUUGGGCAGUCCCGAGUUCCGCAGGAGACGAUCAUCAAUCAUCUUUGAAAUGCGAAGUCGGCUUCAGAAGAAGAUUGGGAGGAUGAGCCGAUUUUUCAAGAGAUGUUCCGUUGCCUGA